GCCAACUGAUGGAGGAGGGUAUGAAAAAUGAGGAGAGGAAAAUCACUUUAGACUUCUGUGUUUCUACUGCAAGUUGAUUGAACAGUCCAGAUAUACUGAUUUCCAGCCCAGAUUUCCUGCUUUUAAGCUCCUUUGGUCUUAUUUCCCUCUUCUUUCUGAGAAGUUAUAAAAUGAAUGAGGGGCAGAAUGUUUCUUGCCCAACCAUGAUUCAGGAGGCAGCUCAGCCACAGAACAGGCAAGCAUAGCAUUGCCUAGAGGAAAAGGACUUGUAGAGGCAGGUCCCAGAUGGAUCCACCCCAGACUUUUCAAAGAAGACACCUCCUUCAUCUUGUGUUCUAAAACCUUGCAAGUUCAGGAAGAAACCAUCUGCAUCCAUAUUGAAAACCUGACACAAUGUAUGCAGCAGGCUCAGUGUGAGUGAACUGGAGGCUUCUCUACAGCAUGACCCAAAGGAGCAUUUCAGGUCCUAUUUGCGACCUGAAGUUUGUGACUCUCCUGGUUGUCUUAAGUUCAGAACUCCCAUUCCUGGGAGCUGGAGUACAGCUUCAAGACAAUGGGUAUAAUGGAUUGCUCAUUGCAAUUAAUCCUCAGGUACUCGAGAAUCAGAACCUCAUCUCAAACAUUAAGGAAAUGAUAACUGAAGCUUCAUUUUACCUAUUUAAUGCUACCAAGAGAAGAGUAUUUUUCAGAAAUAUAAAGAUUUUAAUACCUGCCACAUGGAAAGCUAAUAAUUACAGCAAAAUAAGACAAGAAUCAUAUGAAAAGGCAAAUGUCAUAGUGACUGACGGGUAUGGGGCACAUGGAGAUGAUCCAUAUACCCUACAAUACAGAGGGUGUGGAAAAGAGGGAAAAUACAUUCAUUUCACACCUAAUUUCCUACUGAAUGAUAACUUAACAGCUGGCUACGGAUCACGAGGCCGAGUGUUUGUCCACGAAUGGGCCCACCUCCGUUGGGGUGUGUUCGAUGAGUAUAACAAUGACAAACCUUUCUACAUAAAUGGGCGAAAUCAAAUUAAAGUGACAAGGUGUUCAUCUGACAUCACAGGCAUUUUUGUGUGUGAAAAAGGUCCUUGCCCCCAAGAAAACUGUAUUAUUAGUAAGCUUUUUAAAGAAGGAUGCACCUUUAUCUACAAUAGCACCCAAAAUGCAACUGCGUCAAUAAUGUUCAUGCAAAGUUUAUCUUCUGUGGUUGAAUUUUGUAAUGCAAGUACCCACAACCAAGAAGCACCAAACCUACAGAACCAUAUGUGCAGCCUCAGAAGUGCAUGGGAUGUAAUCACAGACUCUGCUGACUUUCACCACAGCUUUCCCAUGAAUGGGACUGAGCUUCCACCUCCUCCCACAUUCUCGCUUGUACAGGCUGUUGACAAAGUGGUCUGUUUAGUGCUGGAUGUGUCCAGCAAGAUGGCAGAGGCUGACAGACUCCUUCAACUACAACAAGCCGCAGAAUUUUAUUUGAUGCAGAUUGUUGAAAUUCAUACCUUCGUGGGCAUUGCCAGUUUCGACAGCAAAGGAGAGAUCAGAGCCCAGCUACACCAAAUUAACAGCAAUGAUGAUCGAAAGUUGCUGGUUUCAUAUCUGCCCACCACUGUAUCAGCUAAAACAGACGUCAGCAUUUGUUCAGGGCUUAAGAAAGGAUUUGAGGUGGUUGAAAAACUGAAUGGAAAAGCUUAUGGCUCUGUGAUGAUAUUACUGACCAGUGGAGAUGAUAAGCUUCUUGGCAAUUGCUUACCCACUGUGCUCAGCAGUGGUUCAACAAUUCACUCCAUUGCCCUGGGUUCAUCUGCAGCCCCAAAUCUAGAGGAAUUAUCACGUCUUACAGGAGGUUUAAAGUUCUUUGUUCCAGAUAUAUCAGACUCCAAUAGCAUGAUUGAUGCUUUCAGUAGAAUUUCCUCUGGAACUGGAGACAUUUUCCAGCAACAUAUUCAGCUUGAAAGUACAGGUGAAAAUGUUAAACCUCACCAUCAGUUGAAAAACACAGUGACUGUGGAUAAUACUGUGGGCAACGACACUAUGUUUCUAGUUACGUGGCAGGCCAGUGGUCCUCCUGAGAUUAUAUUAUUUGAUCCUGAUGGACGAAAAUACUACACAAAUAAUUUUAUCACCAAUCUAACUUUUCGGACAGCUAGUCUUUGGAUUCCAGGAACAGCUAAGCCUGGGCACUGGACUUACACCCUGAACAAUACCCAUCAUUCUCUGCAAGCCCUGAAAGUGACAGUGACCUCUCGCGCCUCCAACUCAGCUGUGCCCCCAGCCACUGUGGAAGCCUUUGUGGAAAGAGACAGCCUCCAUUUUCCCCAUCCUGUGAUGAUUUUUGCCAAUGUGAAACAGGGAUUUUAUCCCAUUCUUAAUGCCACUGUCACUGCCACAAUUGAGCCAGAGACUGGAGAUCCUGUUACGCUGAGACUUCUUGAUGAUGGAGCAGGUGCUGAUGUUAUAAAAAAUGAUGGAAUUUACUCGAGGUAUUUUUUCUCCUUUGCUGUAAAUGGUAGAUACAGCUUGAAAGUGCAUGUCAAUCACUCUCCCAGCAUAAGCACCCUAGCCCACUCUAUUCCAGGGAGUCAUGCUAUGUAUGUACCAGGUUACACAGCAAACGGUAAUAUUCAGAUGAAUGCUCCAAGGAAAUCAGUAGGCAGAAAUGAGGAGGAGCAGAAGUGGGGCUUUAGCCGAGUCAGCUCAGGAGGCUCCUUUUCAGUGCUGGGAGUUCCAGCUGGCCCCCACCCUGAUGUGUUUCCACCAUGCAAAAUUAUUGACCUGGAAGCUGUAAAAGUAGAAGAGGAAUUGACCCUAUCUUGGACAGCACCUGGAGAAGACUUUGAUCAGGGCCAGGCUACAAGCUAUGAAAUAAGAAUGAGUAAAAGUCUACAGAAUAUCCAAGAUGACUUUAACAAUGCUAUUUUAGUAAAUACAUCAAAGCGAAAUCCUCAGCAAGCUGGCAUCAGGGAGAUAUUUACAUUCUCACCCCAAAUUUCCACAAAUGGACCUGAACAUCAGCCAAAUGGAGAAACACAUGAAAGCCACAGAAUUUAUGUUGCAAUACGAGCAAUGGAUAGGAACUCCUUAAAGUCUGCUGUAUCUAAUAUUGCCCAGGCAUCUCUGUUUAUUCCCCCCAAUUCUGAUCCUGUACCUGCCAGAGAUUAUCUUAUAUUGAAAGCAGUUUUAACAGCAAUGGGUUUGAUAGGAAUCAUUUGCCUUAUUAUAGUUGUGACAGAUCAUACUUUAAACAGGAAAAAGAGAGUAGACAAGAAAGAGAAUGGAACAAAAUUAUUAUAAAUAAAUAUACAAAGUGUCUUCCUUCUUAGAUAUAAGACCCAUGGCCUUCGACUACAAAAACAUACUAACAAAGUCAAAUUAACAUCAAAACUGUAUUAAAAUGCAUUGAGUUUUUGUACGAUACAGAUAAGAUUUUUACAUGGUAGAUCAAAAACUGUAUUAAAAUGCAUUGAGUUUUUGUACAAUACAGAUAAGAUUUUUACAUGGUAGAUCAACAAAUUCUUUUUGGGGGAAGAUUAGAAAACCCUUAGACUUUGGCUAUGAACAAAUAAUAAAAAUUGUUCUUUAAAGUAAUGUCUUUAAAGGCAAAGGGAAGGGUAAAGUCAGACCAGUGUCAAGAAAAGUUUGUUUUAUUGAGGUGGAAAAAUGCCCCAAGUAGAGAAAAGUAGGGUAGGUCUGCAUUAUAACUGUCUAUGUGAAGCAAUCAUUUAGUUAGUCUGAUGAAUUUUUCUUUUCUCCUUAUCUGUGCAGAACAGGUUGCUUGUUUACAACUGAAGAUCACACUAUAUUUUAUAUAUGAAGCCCCUAUUGCAAAGCUCUUUACCUCUUGCUAUUUUGUUAUAUAUAUUACAAAUGAAAUCUCACAGCUAAUACUCAGAUAUCUUUUUUCACUGUAAGAGGUAACCUUUAAAAAUAUGGGUAUUACCCUUGUCUCUUCAUUCCGGUUUUAUGACAAAGGUCUAUUGAAUUUAUUUGUUUGUAAGUUUCUACUCCCAUCAAAGCAGCUUUCUAAGUUACUGCCUUGGUUAUUAUUGGAUGAUAGUUAUAGCCCUUAUAAUGCCUUAACUAAGGAAGAAAAGAUGUUAUUCUGAGUUUGUUUUAAUACAUAUAUGAACAUAUAGUUUUAUUCAAUUAAACCAAAGAGGUCAGCAGGGAAAUACUAACUUUGGAAAUGAUUAGCUGGCUCUGUUUUUUGGUUAAAUAAGAGUCUUUAAUCCUUUCUCCAUCAAGAGUUACUUACCAAGGGCAGGGGAAGGGGGAUAUAGAGGUCACAAGGAAAUAAAAAUCAUCUUUCAUCUUUAA